GAGAGCCGCACUUGCUCUCUGCGUAUAUAAAGCGAAUCAGUUAUCUGAUCCGCACGCACUCCUCACUUCCAUUUGGAGAUAUUUCAUUAACUCAGAGCCGUCUUAACGCUGGCCACAGCACUUAGCGUCCUUUCAACAGUGACCAGCGGAUUGCCAAACUGGUGCUGCAACUUUCCUGCAUAAAUUUAGAAUAUGUCGUUGACCAACACAAAGACGGGCUUUUCUGUGAAGGACAUCUUGGACCUCCCUGACACCAAUGAUGAGGACGGCUCUGUUACAGAAGGAGCAGAGGAAGAUACAGAGGGGUCUGAAGCAACGAAAACGAGUGGAGUUCUGGGGCAGAGCCCCUCAGAAAACGUGCAAACCCUUCCUUUAAAGAACCCAUUUUAUGAUAAUAGUGAUAAUCCUUACACAAGAUGGCUUGCCACUACAGAGAGCAUUCAAUAUUCAUUGCGUGGUUUAUCAUCAAACUCCCAACCACAGGACUCGUCUGCCAAAUCCCCAGAACCUUCUGCAGACGAAUCGCAAGACAAUGACAAGGAAACUUCAAGCAACGGCAGUGACUCUGGGAAGAAGAGAAAGCGAAGAGUGCUGUUUUCGAAAGCGCAGACCUACGAACUGGAGCGGCGAUUCAGACAACAGCGGUAUCUUUCAGCACCCGAAAGAGAACACCUUGCUAGUUUGAUCCGUCUAACGCCGACUCAGGUGAAAAUCUGGUUCCAGAACCACCGGUACAAGAUGAAGCGGGCCCGAGCAGAGAAAGGUAUGGAGGUGAGCCAUCUCCCUUCCCCGCGACGGGUGGCAGUGCCCGUCUUAGUCAGGGACGGUAAACCGUGCCAUACGCUCAAAGCGCAGGACUUGGCGGCCACUUUCCAGGCUGGAAUCCCAUUUACUGCAUAUAGCGCCCAGGCUCUCCAGCAUAUGCAAUAUAACGCCCAGUACAGCUCCAGCACUCCCCAGUUCCCCACGGCACACCAUUUGGUGCAAACUCAACAGUGGACUUGGUGAACUAUAUAUAAGGACUGAUGCGCUGUGUAUUUUAGGGACGUGUUAAAGUAAAGAAAACGACUUUUGCAUUUUGCAGCUUGAUCCAUACCGACCAUUUUAUUUUGGUGGUGUUUCGUGCGCCAUGUUUACAGAGUUUUCGCCAUGAAAACCGCGUCCUGCCUCCUAAUUGGAAAACUUCGAUGCUCUUGUGAUUUUUUUGUACAGUAUGAUUGUGUGUUGUAGAGUAUGUUUUUUGUCAGUCGUGUAUAAAGCACGUACAGAAACCACUUUUCAAUUAUAGGUUUUUUUUUUAAAAUUUCUUGCUCAUUUUAUAUGGAACUAUACAAAAAUAAUAUUUAUGGCCAUGUAUAAAAUCCUGGCAACCUUUAGUUUAUUAUAUUAUUUUGUCUUGAUUUUUGUAAAUAUUUGGUCGUAAUUGUUGCCAAGCAGAUCACCUUCAGGGCGUUUCGUUGCAGAUAUUUCCUAAAAGAAAAUUGUCCAGUUUAUCGGCAUAGAAUUCUAGACCUAAUUGUCUGAAUAAUCGCAUAAACGCGCAUUGAGGGGGGUUUCUGAUUUUUAUAAGAAUUUUAAUAAAAAUGCUGUGUUUCAGAAACUACGUUUUGGUUUCGUCUGUUGACUGCAGUGUCUUAAAGAAAUAAUUAAUUGUCUUUGAAAUAACAAAACGCAAAGUCUUAAAUGGACAUUUAUUGAACUAUGAUGUAUUUAUGUAUGUAUUUAUUCAUGUAAGAAUUUAUUUUCACGUUGGCGAUUGAUUGUUUCUAAAUGUAUUACUAUUUGGGUAGGCUAUUCAUAAUAAUGUCAAUUAGGGCCUAUACUGCUAUUGCACAUCGUACAGCGAUGUAUUUGUGUCACGCACGAUGUAAGACGUUUCUGCAAACGGCAUUUUUGUAUUAUUUUUAUGUGUGGCUACUUAAGAGCUUAGCUGGAUAAAGUCACUUGUGAAAAUAUAAAUAAACCCCACUCACUUAAUGUAAGAGGGCUUCUUCAGCCGAGGAGCUUUUGAUUCCAAUACAAUCUUAAUGGCUUCCACUUUGAGGUUCUGGAUUUGCAUCCUAAAUCUCAGACGUCUCACUGGUGUGUGUUUCUAGUAGCAGAAACACAUAGAAAUUGGAUUUUAAAAUGUAACCAAUUAGGCCUUCUACAGAACAUCAAAUCGAUGACAGAGAAAUAUGAAAUGCAACACCGAUCUACCCAUCUUUGUCGUUUAUUUAUCAAAGGGAAAAAUAUGUGUAGCAUCACAUCAGCCUUUCGCAUGCAUAUCCAAUCGCGACACCAGUUGUGUCGUUUAAUUAUAUCGUGUUCUCUGAAAGAAAUGUGAAAUUAAAAGGAAAGUGUUUUAUAUAAAUAAACACUACUAUAGUAUUUGGUUUGGUUACAGUCAAUGUAUACAGAAAGAUGAUGUAGGCCUACUACCUGGGACUAUAUAAAAUGUACUCGCAUUUAUAGGAAGAAAAAUCGUAUGAAACUGCACUAGAUCAACAUGAUUAUUUCAGUUACAAAUAACCUAAAUCGUUCUGAAAAUUCCUACAAGAGCACCAUUGGACCAGCAAAUACGAUACGGAUUUCUAACAAACUUAUUGCUGACUAUCAGAUUUAUUUAAUAUCUAGGACAAACAUGGUUAUCUUUAACAAAAUCUUCAGUCGGUACCAGCAGAAACAUCUUGGUAAAACAAAUGAUAGCUGCCAUAGUCAGUAUCACUGAGCAGACUGGUAAAUUGAAAAACAUUGCUAAUUAUUUACAAGCCGCUGUCUCCAGAGACCUCUGGGUUUGGUUCGUUGUGGAACAGCAAGUCCUUUUCACACGAACUGGGUGUUUUAAAGACUGCGAACAUUCAUAUACUUCAGAGAGAUAUAUUUAUGUAUUCAUUUAACAACAACAUUAACCUAAACUCAGAUUUUAAAACCUCAUUGUCUGUUAUGAAACAUACAUGCCCUAAAAUAUUGUGCAGGAAUUUCCGAUGUAUUCGAUUACCAAAGAGUGUAUUUAAAUAAUAUAUUGAUCCAAAAUAAUAUUUAUAUCUUAGACACAAUUUAUUUAAAUAAAACUGUUACAUACAGGUAUAUGCUAUGUAUACCUAAAAUGUUGCCUACACUAGCUUAGAAGUUAUGUGUUGUCAUAGUUCAUAUUGUAUUGUUAAUCAAAGUAACUUCAUAGAUAGAUAGAUAGACAGAUAGAUAGAUAGAUAGAUAGACUACAGUUUCUUUGUAUCUUAUUGCGAGUGAAAUUAUUGGAAUGCUCUCAUGUGUGUGCCGUGUGCGUAAAAGACUUGGACAUGAUACGUCUCUGCUGCAAUAUUUGUGGUGCGGUAUUAAUAAUGCAUUUCAUCUUGUUCAUAUAAAAAGGAAAGAAUUGCAGCAUUGGACAGUUUGAUUUCUUUGCAUUUGCAUGGGGGCGGCUGACACUGUUGCAGUGGGACCAUUUAAAAUCUCCUUAAGUCAAUAAAACAUGUUGAUUCCUGUGUGUCCCUAACCUCUUUAGCCUUAUAUUUCACACGAUGACGGGGCAGUUUUGUGAAGUCUAUCUUUGCACAAUAUACAGUAGACGAGACAAAAACAGCACAAUGGAUGGAGGCCGGUAGUUAAGGAUGUUGGAGGCGUGCAUAUUAAGGAGGUAUAGAGUGAGAGAGGGAGACUGUCAGAGUUUCUUGUUGCUAUUCAGUUCUUUUAUUUGGGGCAGUGCAUCCCGAGUCAGGGAGAAGUAUCCUUGGGUUUUGUUGUGCCUGUCAGUUGGUGCCAUUGUGAUCCUCGUUGUACAUGGUGAAUUCCAUAUGGACAGCUGGGCUAGGGAGGGAGAAAAGGAACCCUCACAAAACCCAAAUUGUGCCUGGCUUUCAAAAACAGCAUUGUUGUCUCUCAAAGAAAGACGAAUUAAAAAUUCGUGUUAUAUCUAUUCUGAAAAACCCCUCUUCAUUCAGCGAUAACAGGGGCUUCUUUUUUCCUUGAUAUAUCUAUAGUAACAAGAGUUCUCUCAUGUCUCUUCCCCUCGCUCUCUCCCCGUCUCUUAACAGAAGGAUUGUAUUGAUGUCUUCGCUAUUUCCACACAAUCUGCUUCCAGAAAGCUGCACACCAUUGCAGAGUUUAUUUUGACACUGUUUCAUUUGUACAUACUUUGCAUUUUGCAUCGCAUUCGUAAGCGCGCUUUACACACUGGUUUAUUAUGUUCAUUUUACAGUAUAUUGAGUUAGAUUAAAAUAAUCAUGUUUGCUUAAAUGUGUAGCUACAUGUUUUCAAAAAGCUCAUGGAAAAUACAUACAGUAUUAAUAUUAUAAAUACGGUAUAGGGGCCUACAGUAAAGUAUAAUUAAU